AGAGUGUUUGACAGAGAGAGAGAGAGAGAGGGAGAGAUGCUGCGUGUCCUAUGCGGAUUUCAUCACUCGCAUCCUUCCACAGUUGUAGCUCACCGACUCACCGACCGAUCCGUGCCGAGCCUUCUGCCGGCGAGGUCCGCUUCCACUCCUCGCUCCGGCGGUGCCCGUCUGCCUUCCAGCAGUCAUGGACAAGGUUGAUCCGAUCGUGCCUGACUGAGAAGAGUGACCUCUACAGUCUGACUUCCUUUCUGCGCCGCAUUCCAUGAAUUCACCUGUUCAGGAUAUUCCGACCUUAAUCUGCCUCAUCACGUGUAACCAUGACAACGUCAGCGCUGCGCCGCCAAGUCAAGAACAUUGUGCACAACUACUCUGAAGCGGAGAUCAAGGUUCGUGAGGCCACCUCCAACGAUCCAUGGGGUCCAUCCUCAUCUCUCAUGUCAGAAAUUGCUGACCUGACCUUUAACGUGGUGGCGUUUGCUGAAGUCAUGGGUAUGUUGUGGAAGCGGCUCAAUGACAGCGGGAAGAACUGGAGGCACGUCUACAAGGCUAUGACUCUGCUGGACUACCUGCUGAAGACUGGAUCAGAGCGAGUGGCACAGCAGUGUCGCGAGAACGCCUUCACUAUUCAGACUCUUCGUGACUUCCAGUAUGUGGACCGCGAUGGACGAGACCAGGGGGCCAAUGUGAGAGAAAAAGCCCGCCAGCUGGUGUGUCUUCUCCGGGACGAGGAGCGGCUGCGCCAAGAGAGAAGUCAAGCGCUGAAGACCAAGGAGCGGAUGGCAGGCGGAGGCAGCGGUGGUGGAGGAGGAGGCAGUGUGUACGGAGGAAUUCCUCCAACCUACCAUCCGGGAAGAAGAACCAGCCAGCCCAGCAUGGCUGUGCUGUAUGGGGAGGAGUUCAGCCGCUCCAGAGGCUCACCGUCCUCUUUUAACUCCUCGUCGUCGUCUCCAAGAGCCGCCUCUGAUCUGGAGCAAGCCAGACCCCAGACCAGCGGAGAGGAGGAGCUGCAGCUCCAGCUGGCUCUGGCCAUGAGUCGAGAGGAGAGUCAGAAGGACAAAAACUGUCGCCAAGGAGACGAGUCCCUACUACAGAAAGCACUGGAUGAGAGCAGGAGAGAGAGCCAGUCGGGGACAGGAGAGUCCGCCAUGCUGGAUCUGGUAGAUAUUUUUGGUGCAUCCUCGAAAGCUCAACCUGCUCGAACUGACCCCUGGAUCUCUGCUGCUGUGUCUUCUGAUGCUCCCUCGAGCCCCUGGGAGCCGGCAGCGGUUCAGGCCAGCCCUCCUGUGGUUGGUAAUCCCUGGUCGGCCCCGCCAUCUUCUUCCAGCGCUUCUAAUCCCUGGCCUCCAUGUGCCAACUCAAGCACUGACCCUUGGAAAGCCGCACAUGUUCCCAGUCCUGUAAAUCAUGUGUGGGACAGAACGAAUGGUGAAGAUGGGGAAGAGACGGAUGGAUUUGCGGCAAACGGUGAGGAGCGGAUCCAAGAGUGUUUUCCUGCUGGUUCAUCUGAGCAAUCUACCAGCCCUGCAGACUCUGACCAGUUUGGUGCGACCGACACUGAAGUGAAUCCCAAAAAAGCAGGAAUAGGGUGCGACCUUUCUUUCAAUCCUCUAGUAAACGGCCGGGACUCCUCCAGCCCUGAGAUGUUCGACCUGUCCCGGCUGGCGCCCCCUCUCAGCACCGCACCGACACGUGUCUGUCAGACCCCUGAAGCUUUCCUGGGACCUACCGGGGCUUCGCUGGUCAACCUAGACGCCCUGAUCCCCUCCAACCCUCCCAGUAAAACUCACAACAACCCCUUCCUCUCAGGUCUCAGUGCGCCGUCUCCCACCAACCCCUUCCACUCCGACACCCCUCGCCUCACCCUCAACCAAAUGAGGCCAUCCUCCACGUCUCCAUUGCCCCCACACAUACUGUCCUACAGUCCGUCUCUACCGCUCCCUCUCACUCACCAGCUGCCUGUCCUACCCUCCUCCUUCACACAACCUCCAGCUGGACUUCUGGACCUCCCCACCAACCUCCCCCAGCCUUUACUGCCCCUCCCUCCCCGCCCGGUGUCGCGCACCCAGUCACAGAGUCACAAUCCCUUCCUAUGACUUCUCUCCUCCACCAGUCUUGACAAUAGAAAAUACCAAACGAGCCAGAAUCUGACUGCAGAUCCAGCUCUGAUGUCAUGGCACACACUUGAAGAGAAGAAAUCAUGGACUGGAUGUAUUUUUGUCUGACAACAGACACAACAGCUGCUAAAAGACUCACACAUGUGCUAAGUCCAAGGUGCGGAUUGAUUUAUCUGUGGGUGCUUGUUUUAUAAUGUCCCUGACAAAAACACAUGAUUCUACAUAGCACUGAAAUGUAUCCACUGAAAAUCACAGGCCAAACCGAUAUGAGGGGUAAGUGAGACUCACUGAGAGUCCCACUAUGUUUUCUUCUUUGUUGACAUUAAAGUGCUGAUGACACAAUUUUGACUUAAAUUUGCAAUACAACAGUACAAUGUGAUAAAAUGAUAAAGGUACGGUGCAUCUACAACAUAUAAAAGAAAGCCAUGCUGUGACGUCAGCGGGAGAACACUUUGCCUUUGACAUGAUUUCGAAAAUGAUCCUGGCUCCUCAUGGUUUCAAGCAUGGAAUUGGUUUGUGCUCAUUCUCGUUCAGAAGGUUGUGGGACAUCAGGCCUGAUAGGUUUCAACACACACCAAGCGAGUAAACUUGUGUGUACAGCAGAUCAGUACAGAUAUUGCAACAGAUUCUUUGUUCAUAAAUGAACAUUUUUAACGCCCUAUUUUCCAAUAAAAUCACUGUGUAUUUAACAGUGUAGCUCAAAAUGAUCAGAUCAAGGAAGUGAACAUAAGAAACAUAAGAAAAAAAACUUGGCGAAAACUGGUGUCACUAACAUCUCUGAUUCUCUCAGCAAAAAACAGCUGGUUCUCAUGCUGACGUCACAUACAGUGGGCCGCACUGUUUGUUUAUUUAUAAUCAGUUGUUUCACAAAACACAAAAAAGAGUCAUAACUGUGUCAUGAGCACUUCAAGACCCUCCUCUAAGCUGCUCAACAGGCAAAGCGCUUGCCAAAUACGCUUCUCACUCGUGUUUCAAUGUGCUUUCAACGAUGAAAACUAAGCUGUCCAAUUUCUAGACCUUGAAAUGUCAGGUGUUUUACACAGAUCCAAACACACAUGCAUUCUGAUUACCUCUUUCCAAUUUCAUACAUGCAAAAAGAUUUAGACAAUAUAAUCAUGUUCUACAAAGGUAUAUUUGAAAGAUUUAACUUGUAAUUUACAUUUUCUUUGACAAAUCCUUUGCCUGUUUUGGGUGAACCCCACUGCUUCACACCAAAUACAUGAAUGCCAGAACAUAGGCACCUGCCAGCAGGCAGGGACCCGGAUCUCUCAUGGGAAAAUAAGGAAUGUUUUCUCUUACAAGUCAGAGGUGUCAAACCAGUGCUGGGAUGGGGCCAAAGCAAGUCAGUCAAAAUUGAUUUGGCAAAACAACAUGAUCUAUAUUAUAUUGACAAAUGUAACAUUUAACAUUGCACUGUACGGAGAGCUUGCCUUGCCUUCCAAUAACAAUUGCUUCCUGACAGCGUCGUCCCAUACUCCCCAUGACGUAGUACAAUAUGCUGACCAGCACAAACAUUCAAUGACUGGUGACGUUACGAGAACUCCUUUCAGAUUUCUGACCAGACCUUGUAAAAUGAUGAGCAGCUGCCCCAGGCUGCUGACUAUAAAGAGCAGUAGCAUUCCAUUUGGGAAACUGUCACGAUGCUAAAAGAAAUGGAAUACAUUCUGUUUAAAUAUUAGAGAGUGACAGUUGACUUUCAUUGAAAUGUUUCAAUCUGGCUACAACUAUGACAGAAAACAGAACAUAACACCUCAAUUGUCUCAAAAGAAAUAUUGAAAACACAUUUCAAUGUUUUACAACGAUUUUCUGGUUCCAAUAUCAUGACCUGUCAAUGCUAAUGAAAUUGUUCCGUUAUCUUCUCACACUGUAGCGUCUGUUCCAAUGAUUUCAAUGACAGCACGAGAAAGUACGAGUACGAGUACAAAACCAGCCUCUUAAGAAUCUCACUGGAACGGACCUAAACUGAUCUCUGAUUGUACCGAGGUGACUCUGUGUACCUGUCUCUGCUGCUGCUGAAACACAAGGAUAUUUGGGUCAUGGUGGCGCUGUCUCCCUUCAUGCAGUGGCUUCACUUCUGUUGUGAUAUUUCAUGAUCUGAAAGGGAAGCAGAGAAGACCAGUAUAGACAAAGGAUGUCAGGUCAUCACUGCACUGGAUCUGGACCUGAACGGCCAGGUCACACAUGCGGGCUGUAAAUGUAUCGACUUCAAAGACGUAUAUGAAACAGUAAAUA